AUGGAUGUCCGAAGUGUGGAAGACUGGAGCAGAGGCGAGGUGGCGGUCCUCAACUCGCGGCUGCAGAGCCCGAGAUUGGUGGAGAGGGGAGGGGAGCAGCAGCUCGAGGAGUCCCGCUACGAACCUGGACUGACGCUCGUGGACAGCGGCAGUGACCCACGCGCCUGGCUGGCUCCGGUGCAGCCUUCUGGCACCUGCGCGGCACACGCCACUUCACCCGACUACCUGCGGCACUCGCCCUGUCCGAGCACCGGCUCCUACCACGAGAGUGGUUCCCCGGAGUCCUCGGGCCACCCCAGCCCUCCCAGCUACAGACAAACUGCCAAGAGCCCCUCCUCUUCUUCGCUCAAAGUCCGGGACUUGUGCCGUCUCCAAGGCACGGCCACCGCGUCCGACGAGGAGACCUCCACGAGACAGAGAGCGCAGUCCAGCAGACCGGUCCAGCCGGUGCAGAAGCAGAGGCGCGUCGCCGCCAACGCGCGCGAGAGGAGGCGGAUGCACGGGCUCAACUACGCGUUCGACGAGCUGCGCAGCGUCAUCCCGGCGCUGGACAACGACAAGAAGCUCUCCAAGUACGAAACUUUACAGAUGGCGCAGAUUUACAUCAACGCUCUGGCCGAUCUGCUCACCGGCCCGGUGUCCUCCAACGGCAGCAACGGCGACUCGGUCUCAAAAGAUAAAAACAACUCGCCAAAGUGUGACACGAUAACGCUUCCGCCCGUCGCUGGCUUCGACGGGGCGAAGGACAGGGCUCCCCCGUCCCCGGAUGGGCCCGUCUCCGGGGGCAGCUUACCCGUUCACAUCGGAGGGAUGCACUUCCACCCGUCCUUCGACGACGGUUCGUUUUCCGCCAUGGUUGAAGAAGCGAUGCGUUCGCCUUCUCCUUCGCCCUCGGCCCGGGCAGGGAGCUCGCUGGCGCCGGUCGGAUGCGGGAGGAAGGAGUCCCCCCGGAGCGACGGGGAGUUUUCCCCGCACUCGCACUUCAGCGACUCGGACGAGAUAGCGAUGGAGCUCCACUCGAGUGAAGAGGAGGACUUCUCCGAUCUCAAGCUCCGCAGCCUCCACCGUCACGCGGUGGCUUUCUGA